UCAACAAUAUGGCGUAGUCUUCGAACAGGUGCUUGUAACAUGGUAGUUAGGGAGUUAAUUACACCCAUGUGUCCUGUCAGUUGACCUCGCGAUAUAUUUAACCACUACAAGGAUGCCGGACGUUGGCAAGUCUUCCAUGGCUAGUCCAGGGACAGAAACUGACCGGUACCAGAGAAAACGCCGACCAAGGGCUGGAGGCAAUGACAAGAAAAUCGCCGAUGACGAAUUUAUGGCGGCUGCGAUAGGGGAUGUGGAAUGGCUGAAGCAAAGUCUACGAGACGCUCGGGGGCAAAUCAAUUUUGACAAAAAUGGUCUGACGUCACUGCAUCUGGCGGCCAUCCACGGUCGGCUGGAGUGUCUCCGACUGCUAAUUGAGAAGUACAAGUUCGAUAUCAACUUACCCAGUACGACCGGCUGGAGAGCUGCCCACCUGUGUAUAAGUAAUCAGACCGGCAAGAGGGCGCUGCAGUGUCUCUCCUAUCUCCUCAGCAAAAAGGCAGAUCCUUCCAUGCCCAACAAUGACGGGAUCACACCUGUUCACCAGGCUGCGUCUGAAGGUCACGUGCAGUGCCUUAAGGAGCUGAUUGACAUAGGGGCCGCCAUUACGGGGAAGGAUUGUAGAGGCCACACACCCCUCGACCUAGCCAAACUUUGGGGACACAAAAAAUGUGCCAGAAUACUGGCCGCGGAAAGUUGGCACCAAGGGAAGGAUCACGUGGCCAAGGAGAUGGAUUAUCUCAAGAAAUUGAAGAUGCAGCAAGUAAUGAAGGAGAUGGAAUACGAAGAUGAGAAACGCGCGGCCCAAGAAUUCUAUGGGGAAAAGGCUUAUCAGGACUGGUUACACAAACAAAAACUUCCGCCACAGAACACAGGUCCCAGAGGUCGGGGGGACAGGACGGAAAAGACGACAAAACCAGUCGGCGAUUCCCUCCAAAAGCCUAAUAGCAAGGUCCAACGACCAGAUAACACUUCAUCCGGGAAAUCCGGAAAAUCAUCUAUCAAGCGCCAAGGGACGUCAUCGACAACCAACGUGCACGUGGCUUUCCGCACUCAAAGAACACCAAGUCCGGUAGAGCGUCGGCCGACAACCUUCUCACAAUAUGAUGACGAAUUUAAUAUACAUGAGAGACAGGACAAGAAGGCUGAAUCGGCUAAACCACUAAAGGCAAGGAUACGGACACCACCGUACGUGAAUCCGGAUGUAUGGAAAGUACCGCUGAACGUUCCUAAGAAGGAAUAUAUUGUGAAUCUAAAGGACGAUUUCCCUCGGGACCAGUUUACACGAAUGCCGAAAAUGAAGUCAGCUCCAAUGUAUUACACGGGAAAGCACGCGCCUGGUAUAUACGUCACAGAUGAAAAUUCUAAAACACGGAAAUUAAAAAUGAAGGUGCGUGAUGUGGACCUGCCCAAUGAAGUAGUGGACAAAGUAUUAAUGGACGAUCCCAGUCUGGUAGAACGGCCGGUCUUGUUCAAACCAAUCCACAUGAGUGAUGUGACCAAGAAGAAGAAAUAUGACGUCGAAGAGAAAGGACGUAGUGAAAUUAGCUUGCAUAUAUGUGACGAUUUUAAAUCUCUGUUAUUCAAGGGAAGUCUCAUGAGAGCAAAUACUUUUCACUGUGACUCAAAUUCAUCCUCCUCCUCUAGAACCCCAGAGUCUGGGAAUCGGAAUUGGUCCAGCGCCAGGGUUCCGCGGGAAAGAGUCGUCAAUGCUUUUUUGAACCUGAACGAGCCGCAGCGUUUCCCCAAUAUCAAAGGGCAAGAAUACGACAUCAAUUUCGGAGAAGUCGCAAUCAUGUGAUGUAUCCUCUUCUCGCGUGAUUAUUUCAUUGAAACGUGAAGUAAUCAUUACAAAGGGAGGUAAACGUUAGUCAUUGUCAAAUCUGAAAUGCUGGAUGUUGACUGUCGGACACAUACUACCUUACAAUGCGUGAUUGGGGACCAAAGUCUUAAUUGUUUGUUGAAAAGUAUUUUUGUAAACUUUGAGGUUAUUUAAUUUAAAUGCAAUGUCUUAAGGUUUCACAUAGAAAUUCUACAUUAAUUUUCUACAGUCGACUAAACAUAUAUUCACACGCUGUCCUCCUUCAGAAUCAAUGUCACCACGGUUACACGAAAGCUUUUAUAAACUCGUACCCACAUGUUCAGAAAGUCUCGGGGAAAUGGUUGCUGUCUCGUUAUAAAUUGUUGUUAAGACGAACGUUUUGGAAGUGUCUUACAGCCGUAGGCCAUGUAGAGUUGCCACAACAGUGGUGAAAUGCAAACGUUGGCAGCAUUUCAAAACAGCAGAUCACCGGUUUAUGAUGGCGUAGUGCACCCAGGGGAUCAAGACCUGAGGACUUUGUGACCUCGUCACUGCGAAUCUGUCGUGUGAAAUUCAUCCGCGAGUCUAUGGAUGGGGCCCUUACGGGGGUAAUCGGCAGUGCGUAUUUUUUAAAUAGGUGAUUAGGUUUAUAAACAUGUAUUCAUCAUCAGUAGUUAUGUGCACAAUUUUACUUUUGGAAUAAUAACUGACUUUCCAUCUCGGCCGCUUUGUUUGUCAAAGGUUCCCUUCUUUGACCCCACUUGUAUGCCUACCCACCUGGUUGUGUAGCCAUCAGAGCCUGUGAGACAGGAGUUAUAAAAUAGUAAUGCUUGCUUCCAUCUGUCAUUAGUGGGCAGUACUCUUUAUCGUUAUGGCAUGUGUGAUUUUAGCACUUCUGACACAAAGGGAUUCUGGGGGUUUUUACCAAUAUUAUAGCCAAUGUUUUACCGUGUUCAUCAGAAUUGAUAUGUAUUGUUUAGGUUUUGAUAAACAUUGUCAUCGUUAAGACAGGAAUCACGAAUCUCAUUUUUUAUCUUAAAGUUAAACUUUUUGAUAGAAUACCACAAAUAUAUAGAUUAUAACUCUAUAGCUUUCUUGAUUUAAAUAGAGAUUCCAUAUACAAUUUCGGCUAUGCACAUUUACUAUCAAAUGUCGUUAUAGCAGAUAAACAAUUUAGUAUUCAAAGACAGUAUUACAUUGUGUAUUUAUGAACACUUAAACGUUUGACAUUGUAGAAGGAAACCUUUACCUGAAGCUUCGUCGGUUAGGCCAAAACAUUACCGGGUACCCCGAUCGACCAUAGCGGAGUUUUUACCUCCGACCUUAACAAUUUUAUCUCACUUAAAUGCACUUAUAAAUUUUAAAAACUUUAAUAUGCACUGAAAACUAAUAAAGAUAAAUCCCUACCGACCUUCGCUACUUUUUUCAGUCAUGUUACCUGAAACACACAUGUUUUUGGCUUUAAUUGGAUUUUAUAUAGAGUUAUCAUUUUAUCUGUUCACAUGGAUUUAAUAGAAUUAUGACAACACACAAUACUUGUGAAAAUGAAAGCUACAAGUAAUUUUCUAUAGGUACAUUGGAAUAUGAUUUUUAACUCGGACGGUACAUGUAACUUACUUUCGGAAAGAACGAUUUCCAAUGUUGACGUUUGACCGACUCGACACACUGAGUCAGAUUUUUGGACUGUAGAAGUAUAAUGAAUACGGUGCUUAGCGAUCUCAUACUGCUGAUAAAACUAUUAUCUACAUAUUCAAUAAAACCUUUACAUAUUUUUCAAAGAUAUGUGUGUUUUAUUUAAAUUAUACUGAGUAAAUUCAGUGCCUGGAAAUGCCCAUGCAUAUAAUAAACACAGGGACCUGAUAAUUUGUUACAGCUACAUUUGGACCUAAGGUGUUUAGAGUAGUUUUACAUGUUUUAGGGGACUAGAUCGACUUUCGGUAAAAAUGCCAUCCCCAUUUAAUGCUUACAUAUAAGGAUUGGGUCGGCAGUUUUACCGUCGAUCUAAACCCCUAAAACAUGUAAAAUUGCUAGAAGCAGGAAGAGGUGUCUCACAACCUUGGCUUAGAAUUAACCGGAAGUUUUCCUUAAUCCAGACCCUUAUGUUCUCUGUAGUAACAGAAGUGUUCAGAUGAUCAAGACUAUAAAUUAUUUAAGGACUAUGCAGACCAGUCGUUACCAAUUUGUAACCAAUUUUAGACAGAACGCAGUUUAUAAAACAAAUGCCAUACUUAUGAUUCAUUCAAGAACAACACUGGACCUUGAGGAACAUGUUUGGAAAUAUGUCAUUGUUCAGCAAAUCACAAGCCUUCUGGUAUUAUUUUUAGUCUUGCCCCGUUAUUAGAUGUCAUACAUUAUUCAUGUUUAUGAUCAGGUCGGCACACACUGAUCAGCACUGUGGCAUUGGCGUGUUAGCAGAAGUCAUUACACAGCACGAAUAAAACACAUUGAUUAAAGCUUUA